AUAAAGCCAAGUGGUGGUUAUCCAUGAGCUGCUUUCUCUUGUGUUGGGAGCAUAGGUAACAUCUCCAAAAUGAGCUUCACUGGAAAAUAUGAGCUCCAGUCCCAGGAAAAUUUCGAGCCCUUCAUGAAAGCCCUUGGACUUCCUGAGGAACAGAUUGAAAAGGGCAAGGACCUCAAGAGCAUUUCAGAAAUUGUGCAGGAUGGCAACAAGUUCAAGUUCACUGUGACCACGGGCAGCAAAGUACUGCAAAAUGAGUUCACUAUUGGAGAGGAGACAGAGAUGGAGAUGCUGACGGGACAGAAGGUCAAGACCAUUGUUCAUCUGGAAGGGAACAACAAGCUGGUUGCAGAGCUGAAAGGACUCAAAUCUGUCACUGAAAUUAAUGGAGAUACUCUCACUAGUACACUCACCAAGGGAGACAUCAGCUACAAAAGAAUCAGCAAGAGACUCUAGAUGCCCUUUGUGUUUCUAUCCUUUUACUGUGCAAAAUGUAUCCAGUAAAGUGUAAUUUGUAUUAAAGCCCCUUUGUCAUUGUUUUAAUUA